AGUGAACGUGCAUGCUUGUGUGUGUGCGUGGGUGUGUGUGUGUAUAAACCCACAGGCACCUGAGUCUGUAGGUGAAAGCAACUGCAAGACCAAGCACAUGGUUGCUGUGUUCUGAGAAAUCUAUUAGAGAGAGAGAGAGAGAGAGAGAGAGAGAGAGAGAGAGAGAGAGAGAGAGGGAGAGAGAGGAGCAAGACAGAGCUACAGCUUCCACGAGGGGAGUGGGAGAGUCACAGGCAGAAAGAGACAGAGAAAAGAAAAAGAGAAAAAGUUGUUCCAAGCUUCACGGCCUGCGCGAUGGACGACUGUGCCCUCUCCUUCUGGAUUUACACAGGAGUGAUGUCGGUGUUUGUUGGCAGCACAUUGAAGAAGUUCCUGACGUCCCACGUGAGUUCCAUGCCCUCACUGGUGGCAUGGCUGGGGGCAACGCUGUUGGUGGAGAGGCUGUGCACCCUGUGCAUGCCAGCUGUGCUGGCACUAGCUGUGCUCUGUGCCAUCUGCUGGCUCUAUUCUUCAUGGGAUGGCCCGCCAUACACUCUGCCUGUGGAAGAGAAGGCAGUCUUCAUCACAGGGUGUGACACAGGCUUUGGGCAUGCCACAGCAAAGCAGCUGGAUGCCAUGGGCUUCGAGGUGUUCGCCACGGUGCUCGACCUGGAAGGGGAGGGGGCCAAGCAGCUGAGGGGCACGUGCUCCCAGCGCCUGACCCUGCUCCAGGUGGACAUCACACAGACGCAGCAGGUUCAGCAGGCCCUGCUCUGCACCAAGGCCAAGCUUGGCAUGAAAGGACUGUGGGCCCUGGUGAACAAUGCAGGGGUGUGCGUGAACUUUGGCGAUGCUGAGCUCUCCCUCAUGUCCAACUACAGAGGCUGCAUGGAGGUGAACUUUUUUGGAACGCUCUCAGUCACCAAGACCUUCCUCCCCCUGCUGAGACAGAGCAAAGGCCGAAUAAUAACCAUCUCAAGUCCCUCAGGUGAGCAGCCCUUCCCGUGUCUGGCCUCCUACGGGGCAUCAAAAGCAGCUCUGAACCUACUCAUCAACACGCUCCGUCAUGAGCUGGAGCCCUGGGGUGUCAAGGUGUCCACCAUCUUGCCUUCUGCCUUCAAGACAGGUCAGAGCAGCAACACAGAGUAUUGGGAGAAGCAGCACCAGCUCCUGCUCCAGAGCCUGUCCCCAGGCCUGCUGGAGGAGUAUGGGGAGGAGUAUGUGCUGGAGACCAAGGAGCUGUUCCAGAACUAUGCCCAAGCAGCCAACGAGGACCUAAGCCCCGUGGUGAAGACCAUCGUGGAGGCGCUGCUCUCGCCGCGGCCCCGUGUGCGCUACUACGCUGGGCCGGGGGUGGGCCUCUUGUACUUCAUCCACAGCUACCUGCCCCUCACCCUCAGUGACAGGUUCCUGCAGAGACUCUUUCUGAAGAAGAAGGUGAUACCGCGUGCACUCAGGAAGGAGAACGGCCUGGGUCUCCUCAACCACAGCAGCAACAACAACAACAACAACAACAACAACACCCCCCAACGAGAGUAGCACCAAUGUAGCUCACUGCAUGGGUUUGCUAUAGGACCACGGAUGUAACCCAAUCUUAGUGACCUGUUGGCAAAAUAUUUGUUCCUUCUGUUGUGCCAUAUAAUGUAUAUAUUGAGGGGUUUUUGUUUGUGUGUUUUUUUAAGGGAUCAUUGAAUUACAAUGAAUGGUCUAUAUAUCAUUUGCCUUUGGUGGAAAUAACAAAAAUGAUUUGACAGUCCUGUUUUCGAACAAUUAAUUUUCUCUACGCUUUUGUUACAGUACUGCUCACAAAAACAGAAUCAGCCCUGCAUGUGGAUUACACAACUUCCCAAUAACUCACCAAACAUGCCUCUGCAGGUCGCUGAAGCGUAAGCUAGGUGACGGCCCCCACCCCCUCUGGAAGCUCAUGGUAUCUUCCAAGCCAGGUGGUACGCUUUCUUUGCCACACUCGGCUUCCCCAAAGUGGCGCAUUCCUUACUUGCUUCCAGUAAGUGUGGAAACCAUUCUAAUGUGCCCUAGAGGCUGACAGAGGUAGGCCUACUAGGCAUAGGAUGGCCUAUCAGGAUAUCAGUAUCCACUCUUCCUUACAGCACACUUUAGUUUCAUAAAAAACUCCUGACCUACAACACAUGUAGACCUGCACACCUAAUGAUAGUGAGGUGUCCCAAACUGUAAUUAAAUCAACUGGUAUAUUUUUGUUUUGUUAUUUUUUAGUUUAUUGUUAAAUUGUAGUUCUGUUUUAUUACAUUUCUUAUUAUGUUUUGGUUUCCAACAAGCAUUAUUAUUAUUAUAAAUUGGAGUAUUUAUUCCUUUUUCUUUCUGAAUCACUUCAACUGUGAAUUUUGCAUAAAAUCACUAAAACAAAGAAAAAAAUAGAUAAAUUGUCCAAUUGUUCAUUCUUGGAUCACAUUAAAGUUGACUUUUUAAAUAA